UUGUAUGCCUGGAAGUAGGAACGUCAAAGACCAGAGAUGGUUGAGCAACCCUAGUUCAGCACCGGCUUGGCAGGUUUACGAAGUUUUUAUUUCUUUUUUGAAGAAAAAUUGCAUUGACUGUGGCAGAGAGAUGUGCAUGUACAUGAAGAUGAGCUUCACAGACAAACUCCUGAUCCUGCUCAUUCUUUCUUCUCUGCUCUCUGCCCAGCUAAGCAGUGAUUUUGACUCUAGGAUGUCUUUCAUCCAGGAGCCCACUCCAUACACCUCCAAUGUAAGCUCUACAGAAGAAGAGGAGCUUGCUGGCAGCAGACAGCCUCCCAGUGUGAGCACAAACCCUCAAGUAGCAGUAGAAGAAGAAGAGCAAGCCUGGUCUGUGCCUGGAAAUUACCUAUAUACCAGUGACGCCUCUCUUCUGAGUUCCUCAAGAUGCCGUAAUUCUUUCCAGUUGACUGCACAGCCUGGUGCUAUACCACAAGACAUCAAAGCCCACCUCUAUGAGCCUUCAGUAUCCUUGACCAACACUGUGAACUUCCUCAAUCUUAUUUUUCAGGCAAGUGAACUGAGGGAGACAAGCGUAAGGGAGGACAUAGAGUGGUACCAUGCGCUGAUCCGGUCCAUGCUUGUUGGUGAAAGGCCUGGCCUAUUAAGAAAUGCUCUGCUAAGCUUUGAUGCUGAUCCUACAGCACCUCAACCACAGCUGGUGCUCUGGGCCUCCAAGGGCUCAUCUCUGGACAUCUACCUACAGGACCUCACUAUGGCCUGGGAAAAACUUCACUUAUUGCCCCAUGGCUUUAAUCAGACCUUACUGAAGUCCAACAGCCCAUUCUUUCCUGGCCUGUCUAAACAGGUCCUGCUGAAUGACCUCAGCACCUUGGACACACCCAAGUGGGCACAUGGGGGCACCUAUGUAUCUAACCGCAGUGGACUGCAGUGGGGGGAGGCCCCAUUCUUGGAGUGUAAGGAAGGGCGCUACCUGCCUGGGUGGCUGCUUACACUUUCUAUGCCUUUUUAUGGGCUGAAGCCAGACCUCAGUCCUGAGUUCAGAGGUGUGAUCCGUGUAGAUGUGAAUAUCCAGGACUUUGAUGUAAACCAGUGUGCCGCUGGGGAUUUCUGGUUUGCUGACACACAUCAGUGUAACCGUACCAGCAUGGAGUGUGAGCCAAUACCUAGGCAGGGGUUUCGUCUUGGUCAGUACUGCUGCCGAUGUAAAGAGGGAUACUACAGCUUGCCAGCGGUCACAGAUGACCAAUUGAACGAUGGUUCCCAGGGCUGUUACCCAGUGAUGCCAGUGUGUGUGCCCUGCUGGCCAGGUUGUAAGCGGUGUCAGGAUGGUUCCCCAUGCUGGGUUCAGGAGGACUGGCACCUGAGAGCGGUGCUGCUAACAGUGCACGGCUUCUUCAUGGCACUAGUGCUUAUCAGCAUGCUGAGAGUGUAUCAAUGCCGGAGGACAAGACCGAUUCGAACAUCUGGUCUCCUGUUGCUGGAGAUUAUUCUCUUUGGGUCUCUGCUCCUUUACUUUCCUGUUUUGAUAAUAUAUUUCAAACCCAGCACAUUUCGCUGUAUCCUGCUGCGUUGGGUCCGCUUGCUUGGCUUUGCCGUUGUUUACGGCACCAUCACGCUGAAAAUGUACAGACUUCUGAAUGUAUUUCUUUCAUGCACCGCCCAGAGAGUCCCGUACAUGACCAGUACCAGUGUGCUCAGGAUGCUGGGAGUGAUGGUACUCACAGUGAAAUGGUUUUUGUGUGCUUGGACUGUGGGGGUCCUUCAAAACCAGGAUCGCAACAUCCCUCUGCUGAUUACAUUAACCACCGCAGAUGGGCAGAGUUUCAGGGUGUGCGAUUUGGACCGGUGGGAUUACAUGAUGGCUGUGGCCGAGCUGCUGUUCUUGUGCUGGGGAAGCUCCCUAGGCAGUGCGGUGAAGUCUGUGCCCUCUGCCUUCCACGAGCCUCGCUACAUGGGCAUCGCCAUCCACAACGAACUGCUUUUCUCCACCGUGUUUCAUCUGCUCAGGUUCAUAAAGCCAUCUCUACACCCUGACUGGAUGCUCUUGCUGUUCUUUUUCCACAUACAUGUCACAAUCAGUGUAACACUUGGCCUGCUUUUCUUUCCUAAGUUCCUUCACAUAUCUCAGUUCAUAAAAGAGGAUAUUGCUUCAGAGAUGUAUGAGGAUGAAGUGGACCUACGGCGUUCAUGUUUACAUCUGAAUAAUAGUUUUACAUCUGCCUGCUGGAGUGACCACAACCUGGACCCUGAUGACAUUCGGGGUGAGCUGAAGAAACUUUAUGCUCAGUUGGAAGUCCAUAAGACCAAGAAAAUGGAAAAGAAGAACCCACACCUGCAGAAAAAGCGCAGCUCUCGCAUCCUGCUUGGCCGAUCCCUUAUUAGGCGGAUAGCUGAGAUCCCAGAAAGCAUGAGUCGGCAGGGUAGCCGUAAAGAUAAGGACACUUCAGGAGCUGGAGGACCACAAAAAGGAUCUGGCCUGGCAACUUCUGAAAGCACCCGUGUCAUUAUGAGGAAUGAGACAGCAAAGCUGCCAUCACCAGAGGUACAAAAGUGUGUGGCACUGAAGGAUACCUCACUGAUAAAUCCUUCACUGAAAAGCUGUAUGACCAAAAGGGCCUCGGAGACGGAGUCCAUCGACACAGCACCACUUUUCUGCAAGUCGGUCAGUGCUCAAAACCUAGCCGUAGACAACAACUUUCUACACCCCCUGCCCACCCGGGUUCAGAAAUCAUUUAGUUUUACAGAAAAGCACAAGGAUCAUUAUCCUCUUUCUUCUACUAAGAGCAUGGUGGACACAUCAGAUGUUUUUAAAACAAGCCCAAAAGACUGUUCGUUGGACAAGGCUGAGGUUAAAAAACAGCCCACAGACUCAAACAUGUCAAACCAAAAACAAGUCUCUGAGCAAGAAACCCUAACAUCAAAGGUUUCAUCACCUCCUUCACUACUAUAUGUUUGCCCUUGGGAAUUUGCCCCUUCCUUGCCUUCUACUGUGGCAAAGGGUGAGAGCGUUCUAGAUUCAGAUGUUGAAUCUUCAAGACCAAAACCCCCAAUCUCCUCAAGUGCUCCAGGAUCACCAUAUAUAUUUGCCAAGCCAAUGGCCCGCUGUGGUUUCUCUUUCCAUUCUGCUACCCAGACCGUCCUUUUAGCAAGGGGCUUGGUGGCUAAAAAAGGGAAUGGCAGUAAGUAUAGCGGUAAAAAUGAACUUAAUAAAGAAGAGGGUACAUCACAACAAACAAGAUCAAUGACUCUAAGCAGUGCAAUAAAGUCAGUGAAAAAGACACCAGAAACACCAAUACCGUCUAUGACUUAUGAUUCAAAACCUUGCCUUGUGAAACAGGCAGCAAUAAGAGAAUCACCAGAGAGGAACUCCACAUGCAAUAUCCCACCACAUAUCCACCUGUGGGAGUCAGAGGACAUGCCGUAUGAAAAUAUAAUACAUAGUCAAAACAGUGGCAAGUGCAGACUGUGUCCAACUUCUUCUUUGUCUGUUCCAAGAUCAACAGUGUAUCGAUGGGAUGUUCCAAACAAAACUUUUCAACAAAGCAGCGAUGCUGAUAUUUGCCCCUGGGAAGUAAAGCAGCAAGAUCAUUUACAACCCAAAGAUUUUUAUGCUGAUGAUGGUUUGAAUUGUGAAGCAGACAGCAAGCAAAUGCAAAUAACAACAGGGGAUGAGGGAAUUUAUCCAUGGGGAUCCCUAGGAGAGGCAUCAAGAGUCAGUAAUAGGUCCAGGAACAGAACUGAGCAACAUCACAGCCAUACCGAGGCAGAAGUGUUCCCUUGCAAUGUUAUACAAGAUUCUGCCAAAUCAGUUUCUGAGGCAACAAAACCAACCGAGAGAGUUAUUUAUGUUAAUGCUCAUCCAGACACAAAGAAGCAGAGUCUGGGGAAACAAGAGAUACUCCGAACUGACGUCUGUCCAUGGGAAACGAGUGACACGUGUACAAAUCCAGAGAUAAUGUGUGUUGAUGUAUAUCCCUGGAAAUUAGAUGCCAUGUUAGAAAAAUGCUCAGAAACAAUAAGGGGAAUUGAUUCAAAAAGUUUAACUACGCCUAGUCCAAGGCAUCUCUUAACAAAACAGAUUACCACUACUGCGGCUAUGGAUAUAUGCCCAUGGGAUUUUCCUGAGGGAUUUUCCUGCCAAUGGAAAUCAGAGAAAACAGAUGCUGAGAAACCAAGAGCUGAUGUUAAGAAAACUACAGCAACGCCAGAUCCACUGACUAAACAGGUGAUAAGCACAGCAGAAACUUGUCCAUGGGAUUUCCCUGAGGCACCACCUAUUGAGAAAGAAGUCUAUCUACUGGAGUCAGGGGAAACAUCUCUGCAACCAAAACAAGAAAAAGAAGACAUGGGAUUGCCUUCACAAGUAUCCACAACGAACAAAACAGAUAGUCGUUCCCAGGAAGCGGAGGCGUCUGAGAGGUCGGAAGGUAUUAACAUAACAAAGGGGGCAGAUGCUUCAGUCCUACAAAAAGAAAGCAUGCAUGCCAAAAUCUGUCUUUGGGAAAACAUUAGGCUGGAGAGUGUACAGCCAGUGAAAUCACCACAAAAACAAAUAACUCCACAUGUUAAUGUAGAGCCAUUAAAUACAGGUGAGCCUGAGAAGCAAAUCCAAAAAAUCCAAGCUGUUUAUUCUGAUAUUUGUCCAUGGGAAACAGAACAGUCUUUAAAAGCAACUCAAAGUCAAAAUAACCUUCAAGCACAGGAACUGGAGGUCUCAGGAACAUCCACAAUGCAAGCAAGUGUCUGUAUAGAUAUUUCUGACCCGGCAAGUACAAAGAACAGCAUCAGUUAUAAGACAGAAGAAGAUACCAGUGCACAUGCUGCACAAGGGGCGAGGGCUAAUCGGCCUCUCACUCGAUGUGAUGCAUUGUGUCCAUGGGAAAUGAAAGCAUCUAGUACUGAGCAUGCUAACUCAGAUAUCUUCACAUGGGAAGAACCCAUAGCAGAAGAAGAAAGUGAUGCAGAAACAGCAGCAGAGGCCUUUAUUUUCCCACCUGACUUAUAA